AUGUCGCAAGGUUCGUCUGCCGGCGUAACCGGAAACAUAACAUCCGGUGGUAAUGUUCAUGUAAGAUCAGGAGGUAUUAUUGGAGCCAAUGUUACAAUUGGUCAAUCCACAAAGAGAGAGAGGAUAGCGACUACAAUGCUUAUGGACAUGUGGUUCUAUUUAUAUAAGGAUGAUGAAGAGGGAUUAGCCACCAUAAACCACCUCUUUGAACUCUCCUGCAAAAAUCCCGCAACUUUGUUGCCAAUCAGGAAACAUUCGCUUGUGAUUGCCAACUAUUGUGAGGACAAAGCUCUUGUGCAACAUGAUUUAAUGAGAACACUCUGCCUUCGAUUGUAUCGGCGCUAUCUGAACAUCUUGGUGAUUGGAGAGGAAAACCUCUUUAGUGGCGUGAAACUGUCUCCGGCCACCGAUCGAUUCCUCUGA